AUGUGGCAAAAAAAUAACACUGGAUUUGUUAAAGCGCAAUCGGAUAACUUACCCAAAGUAACAGUAUUAAUGGUUUCCGAUUUUUUUGCUGAAAGUGAUGUGUUUAAUAUCGCAGAAACUCGUGGUGUAAAAGCUAAGAAAGCUGAAGGUGAAAACUACGGCGAUCCAGCAGUUGGAUAUGUGGAAUUGAGACGGGAAAAAAGCUUAUGCCAUAUCAGAGGAAAGGUUUGUCCUGAGCACAGAGUGAACAAUAAGGCGUAUACUGUAUCGAUGCUAGUCAACGAGGAAACUGAGAGAGUCGAAUAUAUUAGGUGCAAAGAUUGCGCAGCUUCAGAAGCUGGUUGUAAGCAUGCCAUCGCUUUCCUUAUGUGGGUUCACCGUCGAAGCGAAGAGCCUGAACCGACAGCGACGGUCUGCUAUUGGAAGAAACCUCGAUUGGCACAAGUUGGAGCUAAUGUAAGAAGCAUGAAAGCAAAAAAUUUGCUACCAUCGAAACAAACUCCAGUUCUUCCAAACAGUACUGGCUUCUUACAGACUGUAUUACAAGAAAUGGAAAAAAGAAAUUUUGACUGCCAACUGUCAAGGCAUUUUGUCCAUGUAAAAUCUCAUACAGAUUUAUCGAUGCACUCAUUAAUGCUAAAAUUUUAUAAUACUUCUACAUGUAAAGAUGCCGAUAGUUUUUUGAACUUUGCAAGCUCCGAAAUAGAUAUAGAAUCAUGCAAAAAAGUUGCAAAGGAUACCAUUCAUCAAAGUGAAUCCACAUUAUGGAAGGAAUUAAGAUACGGAAGAAUAACUGCAUCUCGGAUAUACGAAGUAUCGCAUUGCAAGACACCACAAGGAUCAUUAGUUGAGCAAAUAAUUGGUGCAUUCAAAAUAAGAGAUACUGAUGCCAUGGAACGAGGCAGACGCUUGGAACAGGAAGUAGUGAAGAUAUUGGAGGAAAAUCUUCAAAUUACAUUACACCAUAGUGGAUUACUGUUAAAUCCAAAUUUUCCUGUCAUCGGUGCUUCUCCUGAUGCAGUAGCCGAAAAUUUUGUUGUUGAAAUAAAAUGUCCGUUUAGUUUAAAAUCUGAGGAGAGGUAUAUCACGAAAGACAAUCGGAUAGGCAAUAAAUAUUUUGCUCAAAUUCAGUUGCAGAUGUUUAUGCAAAACGUGAAAAUAGUUUAUUUUUGUAUGGCGAAACAUGAUUUUAAAACUUCACAAAGCAUUAUAGUAAUUUGUGUCAAUUAUGACGAACAAUUCGUAAUGGAAAUGAUAAAUAAUGCCAUGACUUUUUGGAAACAAAAUGUUUUUCCGUUGCUUCUCAAUGGAGUAGCAAAGUAG